GUUCCGUGCGCGGUCUUCGUGCGUUACAUGCAAGGUUCCGAUGCUCAGUCCUUGACGGUUCGCGGUAUGUUUAGGCUGCGCAACGUAGUACGUAAAGGUAAAUAAACAGACUACGCGGUAGUAUGUCUUCGCAGGAUCGAGACGAGUGCGAAACGAGCGGAAAUCGGGGAGAGUCUUCAGUGGACGAGUUCGUUCAGGCGAUCGACAUUGAAGGCGCUCGCUAUUACCUCCACACCGUAGCAAAGCCCUCUGCCGCAGAACCAACGGAGUACGAGCUUUUACUCGGCGACGGUCGUCAAUGUUUCGCCGGCACCGCGCAGAUACCCGACGGGCCAGAGGAGAAGGCACGCGCAUUCCACGCGGCGCUCGCCGCGGGAGGCGGUCGCGAGUUCGUGUACCGGCUCCGUCCGGUCGGCGAGGAGCGAGCGCGCCUUUCGUGGCUUCGACGGGUGUCGCACGAAAUGAUGUCUAGACUGAACGAGGUGAUUCUGCGGCGAGACCCCGACGGCGGAGCCAGGUUGCUCGCAGCUGCGAUGCGCAUCGUGGAGCAACGCGAUGCGAGCCUGAAAAGCCUGGGCGAAAGGCUACAGCGGACACAGGCCGAGCAGGCGCGGACGCUGGACGCAUUGCAAAGGAGCUUGCGCCUCAAGGAGGAUUUAGAGACUGAGCUUUAUGCGAAGUUCAGUUUGGUGCUCAAUGCAAAGAAGCGCUUCAUCCGCGAGCGAAUCGCGAAUGGGACAGGCUACCGCAGAAGAGGACCAAGCCCCUGCUGCAAGCAGCUCUUCCAGCUCAGCGGCAUCCGUGCCCAAUCUGCUCAACAGGCUUGUCUCGGGAGAUUAAGGGCAUCGCUGUGUGGCACUAUCGCUAAAACCUUUACAUGGCUGCUUGCCACUGUUCUGAUGCAAACACUACCACUGUAAAUUGCACACACAGUGAUGUAUAAUGCUGCACAUUCAGAAGUUCUUUGUAAAUUCUGUGUUACUCUUGC